AUGGAUGGAGCGGAUCUGGCAUCCGAUACAAGGAGCAAACGCGUAAAAGAUUCUCAGGACACAAACAUGUCAGUCCUCGAAGGAUUAACUUCAACCUUGGCACAACUUGCCAGGGCUUCGGAGACACAAACAGCAAUGCUGGCUAGUCUCAAGGAAGACCUUCUCCUUCGUACUGACUCAAACGAGGAUGGAGAGGCCGUUCAGAGCCUAAAUGACAGGGUUGAUCUCAACGCCGCGUUAACUGAUGUGCUCGACCCGAGCGAAACGCAUACAAGUACGACCACAGCGGCGAAACCUGCAUCAUGCCCUGACUCAGGGUCGCAGGAUGACAUUUUGGAAAGCCUGACUCAGGCAUUUGUGCAAACCAAAGAGAAAUCUCCUGCGAUAGCAGAAAAAAUUGCUGGUUUAAUUGACAACAUGGUUACUGGAGGUCUCUCACCAAACACAAUCAAAGAACGAGUUGAAAAAUAUCCUCCUCCAGAAAAUUGUAAAUUCCUGUCCACCUCCACUGUCAAUGAAGAAAUUUGGGAUUUGCUGCCACGACGCAGCAGAACGGUUGACCUAGCUUUCCAGCGAGUUCAAGAACCACUUGUUCAGGGGUGGUCAGCCCUGUCUAUUUUAGGAAACCAGUUGGUAAAGGACCUUCACGCUGGAAAAACAUUAAACAUACGUCAGAUCUUGGAUCACGUGAUGGAUAGCAUUGCUCUUCUAGCUAAUGCCAAUUUUAAACUCAAUAUGGCACGGCGAGAGUUGAUGAAACCGGAACUUAACCCUCCAUACACCAGGCUGUGUAAAGAUGAAAUUAAACCUUCAACAAAAUUGUUUGGAGAUGAUUUAUCCAAACAUUUGAAGGAUAUGGCUGAGGCGAAGAAAGUUGGCCGACAAAUGCAGAAAACUUCUGCAACUCGAACGGCAAGUCAAGGCUAUUUCAAGGCAGGAUGGCAGAAAUUUCGCCGUCCAAACUUUAAACCUUAUGACAUGCCGUUUUCCAAGCUUUUUCUGUCGUUUUCCACCGUGGCCAAACGUAGAGUUUCUCGCAGGUUUUCAUUUGGGACCCUUCACGCAAAAAGGGGGCUUAUGGAUUUCACCGAAAACCAGGAAAUUUUUUCACGGUCACGGUGUGUGAAUUGGACUUGCAUGCUAGCAUGCCGUGAAAGAUAGAGUGAAAACUUUCAUGCCAAGAAUAUAGGAGUGAAAAUUUUCACGCCGUGAAAUCCAUUGGGGGUGUUGAAAGGAGCUUCAUGCUAUGUAAACUUACCUGCGUUCUUUCCAUGUCUUAACAACAGAUGUUAUCAUUACAGAAAAACUCUGUCAUGCAAUAUGUGGCUUUGUGGUCAUCACGGAUAUUUCUGUAAUGAUUCCCUAAUCAACUAAAAUGUUCGGAAGUCAGACAGCAGAUAAAAUUCUAGAGAAACGCUUUGGCUUUAUCUCUAGAAAGUGAUUCAACUUUAUUUUGUUUUAUUUACUUAUAAACUUAAAUUUGCCGUGCUAUUUGAAAAAGAUAGCGGCUUUGCAGCAUAUAAGUUUAUGGCUUGCCUGGGCUCAAAACCAAUUGUCAUGAUUUGACCUCUCCUACUCAACGGGAAAGUGAACUGAAAGGUACGUAUUCUUUGUUUAAAAAUUCUGUGCCUUUACAAACAGGAUCAUAACUAGUGCGCAGCUGGCUUAUAGAAACAGUGCAAAACAAAUAUGCUGAUAUUGUUUGUCAAUUAAUCAUUUAUUUUUGCUUUUUGAGACUCCUGAGCACACAAGAGUUUGCGUGAUCUGAUCUGUUCAACUCGCGAUUCUGGCUCAAAUGCCCGGCAGUCUGAAACAAUAUCUCCACAAAAAUUUUGUCCUAUCACCUCAGGUAUUUGCAACCAAAAUACCAUAAAAAAAACUAUUUAUUAUAAAUUCAAGGUGCGCCUUGUACAAAAUAGCAGGUUCAAUGCAAAAGAGAGGAAUGAGUCGUCAUAUUUCUUGUCUACUCUCUAACUGUAAGAUGGUGGAUGCCAUUUAUUUACGGUGUGCCACAAACACAGACUGGCGAGGUAAACAUUGUUGUGAAAUGCUUAAACAGGUUCCCUAGCCCUAAACUAGAUUUUUAGAAGACUUAAAGUUUAAGGAUAGGGAACGAUUCACAACAAUGUUUACCCCGCCAGUCUGCAAGUCUGCAGUCUGCGUUUGUUGCCCACCGAGUUACGAUUCAACACUAUCAGAUAAAAAGCAUGCAAGUGUUAGACAUCGGAGGUGGUUUGAGGACAACGUUUUACCUUCUUCAACUUCCUACAUUUCAGGUUAAUUGUGGAUACUAUCUCCCUGGUCACAUCAUUAACGUUUUCCACUUGUAGAUCGGGAGGCAACUUGGCUAACACUAAUCUUAAAACAAGAAAUUAAAUUCAGUUAGCAAGUGAUUGAAUUGUGUCAAUUUAUCUCGCGAAAUUUAAACACUUAUUCCUUUGAUUUCUAAAAUAGAAGAGGUUUCUAAUGAAUUUGUGAGAGGACACCUUCAAAAGAACACUUUUAGAUGUUUUUUUUAUUGCGUGAACCCAGGUGCAUGACAGUUUAAUUUUAAAAACAGAAGAUUAUUUAAAUAGUAAUUAAGAGUUACCAAUUCGGUCCUGCAGUUUUUGUUCUCUUCCAACUUUUCUUUCUAGUGUGAACUGGUGAUUUGAUUUAUUCUUUAUUAGGAGAAAUCUGUAUUGGUUUCUAUUCUCUGAGCUGCAUCAUUCUUUUGCUAGAAGGAUUAACUAUGUACAUUGUAAUCCAUGAUAACUACUGACGACUUAUCAGUCCAAUCUUGCAUUCAUCGAGCUUGUCCUUACCCGAGGUGCCAUUAACAUUUGAUCUAGCAAGCUCGUCUGCGCUGAAAGGCUAUUCUAAACAUUUGCAAGUGUACCUUUCUCUGAAGGAAAUAUUUUGCCGACAUUUUUUCAGCUUCCAGGCUGUCUCCUGCGGCAGGUUGGAAACGAUGGGAGAGAUGCUUGGUAAAGGUUGUGGCUGUGGAAUUAGUCUAAUUUUAGUUGACUGUGGAUUUUUCUUCGUGGAGGAUUCAGGUUGUACAGAUGGUGAAAUAAAUGUGGUUGUCUGUGAUGAUGACACAGAAGUGAUUAUGGCAUUACUUCGAUUUUGUGAUUGUGGAGAGGCUGGCUGGUGUGGCAAUUGA